AUGGAGCCACCGCGAGAUGUGGAUUCACUCGAAGAGGACGGGAGCUUGCAUAUGUGGUGGUACGAUGCAUUUGAAAGACGCGACAAGGGCUUCGUAUACCUAUUUGGCAAGGCAAGUAUACUUUUGGGCAUUUUGAAUAAGGCCAGCAAUCGAUAUAUCAGUUGCUGUGUCACUAUCAAAAACAUUGAACGUACACUUUUCGUUCUUCCUCGUAAAUUCAAGGUUGAUGGACAAGGAAAUCCUACUUCAGAAGAAGUAUCCAUUGCGGAUGUCCACGCCGAGUUCACAAAUAUCACAACGAGCCACAAUAUCAGCAAGACUCUUGCCAAGCCUGUAUCUCGAAAAUACGCAUUUGAGCUGCCUGAUGUACCAGCAGAGAGCGACUAUCUCAAAGUCCAUUAUAAUUACCAGCAACCAUCAUUACCUGAAAACUUGACUGGCACCACCUUUAGUCGUGUAUUUGGCAUCAACACUGGUCCCAUGGAACACUUUUUAAUAAAGCGGGAUAUCAUGGGUCCUUGCUGGAUCAAGAUUGAAAACGCCCAGAUCAGUGGUAGCAAUGAAACUUGGUGUAAGGCUGAAGUGCUUGUGGAUGAUCCAAAAUUGGUGAAUCCAUUGCGUGAUGCGAACGGAAACGCACCUACCUAUAUUCCUCCUCUCGUUAUCAUGUCGCUCAGUCUUCGAACAGUGAUGAACCACCAAAAGAGCCAAAAUGAAAUUGUCGCUGCUAGCGGUCUUGCCUGCACGCAAGUUCAAAUUGACGAGCCAACACCCAUCGAUAAACAACCUAAAACACGGUUUACCAUUGUCCGCCAACUGAGCAAUACCCCGUAUCCAGCAGGUUUCAACGAUACCGUUGUUCGUGAGAGAAAAGGUGGUUUUGCCAUUCAAGUUGAACGAACCGAGAACGCUUUGUUGAAUUGUUUGAUUGCCAAGAUCCAUGUGACCGAUCCCGAUAUAAUUGUUGGCCAUAACUUUGCUGGUUUCGAUCUAGAUGUCUUGCUUCAUCGUAUGAAAAGUCUGAAUAUACAACACUGGCACAAGCUCGGUCGUUUCAAGCGCAAGUACUGGCCCAAGCUCCAACAAGGUGCUGGUGGUGCAGGCGAAGCAACCUACCAAGAAAGAAUGUUCAUGAGUGGCCGACUCGUGUGCGAUACGUAUCUUGCAGCCAAAGAUUUGAUCCGCAGCAAAUCUUAUCGAUUAACGGACCUCGCUCAGUCACAGCUCAAGAUUGCUCGUGAAGACAUUGAAUACGACAAGACCCACAUGUUCUUUGAGGAUCCAAAGACUUUGAUGCAUCUUGUUAAGCAUUGCGCUUUCGAUGCCUUUUUGACAUCGUCGCUCAUGUUUAAACUUCAAAUUCUUCCGCUCACCAAACAACUCACCAACUUGGCCGGUAACUUAUGGUCGAGAACAAUGACGGGUGCUCGUGCUGAAAGAAACGAGUAUCUGUUGUUGCACGAAUUCCAUCGACAGAAAUAUAUUUGCCCUGACAAGCAAUUUGCCAAAAUGGCCGAGCCGGAACAACUUGAUCCUGAGCUUGAUGCAGAUGAGGCAACCGAACAGCUUCAAAAGACAAAGUCCAAGAGUGGCAGAAGAAAGCCCGCAUACGCUGGUGGUCUUGUCCUCGAGCCCAAGAAGGGAUUCUACGACAAAUAUGUCCUUUUGCUCGAUUUCAACAGUCUGUAUCCGUCCAUUAUGCAGGAAUAUAACGUGUGCUUUACCACUGUGCAACGACACAACUUGACUCCGAAAGAAGAGGAUAAGGUACCUAAUGUACCUGACCAGUCCAUUGGUCAAGGCUUGCUACCACGUCUCAUCAAAACCCUCGUCGACCGUCGUCGUCAGGUCAAAAAGCUUAUGAAGGAUCCUAAAAAUACCGAAGCAGAAUUGAUGCAGUUCGACAUUCGACAAAAAGCACUCAAACUUACUGCUAACAGUAUGUACGGUUGUCUUGGCUUCUCCAACUCUCGCUUCUAUGCAAAGCCUUUGGCCAUGUUGAUCACACACAAGGGUCGUGAGAUUCUUCAAAACACCGUGGAUCUGGCUGGUACCUUGGAUCUAAACGUUGUUUAUGGUGAUACCGAUUCCAUUAUGGUCUAUACAAACGAAAACGAUAUCCAGAAGGUCAAGGACAUUGGAAAUAUGCUGAAGAAGAAGGUCAACGAGCGCUAUAAUUUGCUCGAGAUUGAUAUUGAUGGCUUCUUCAAGCACUUGCUACUGCUGAAAAAGAAAAAGUAUGCCGCGCUGUUGGUGGAAGAGAAGCCGGACGGUACACUCUCGGAAAGUGUCGAAACAAAGGGUCUUGACCUUGUGCGUCGAGAUUGGUGUGAUCUCUCACACGACGUAUCUUCGCGCGUUUUAUCCUUCAUCUUGUCCGAUAAAGACCGUGAAGACGUUGUAAAUGAAAUUCAUGCAUAUCUUCAAGAAAUCGGCAAAGAGAUUCGUGAAGGAGUGACUCCACUUGAAAAGUUCAUUAUUAAUAAGCAAUUGACCAAAAAUCCACAAGAAUACGCAGAUGCAAAGACUCAACCACAUGUACAAGUUGCAUUACGAAUGCGACAAGCAGGCAUCAGUGUAAAAUCGGGAGAUACUAUUCCAUAUGUCAUAUGUAAGGUCGACAACGUUCCUGCGGGCACCAAGGCUGGAUUUGCAGAGAGAGCAUUUCAUCCGGAUGACGUUGUCCGUGGCGAAAUGCAGCUUGAUAUCGAUUGGUAUUUGAAUCAACAAGUCCAUCCACCUAUUGGCCGUUUGUGCUCACCCAUUGACGGUACCGAUAUUGCUCGUUUGGCCGAGUGCCUUGGUUUGGACAGCACCAAGUUCAACGUUGGCCGGACGUAUGCUGAAGAGAGCGAAGAAUUUACUACUUUGGAAUCACAAAUUAGUGAUGCAGAGCGGUUCAAGGACGCAGAGCGGCUCCAGAUCCAAUGUAGCUACUGCAGACAUGAACAAACGUUUGAAGGCAUCGCACAAAUCCUUGAAGACAACACUGUUAUUCCUGGUUUGCAAUGUGGCGGCUGUCAGCGCAUGAUCAAGGAGAGUGCGAUUCGUGGAGCGCUUAUCCUGGCGAUGCGAUCCUAUAUCAGAAAGUACUACCAAGGCUGGUUAUAUUGUGAUGAUAGUACCUGUGAUUCUCGGACGCGGUCCAUGUCUGUCUUUGGUCGACGUUGCUUAAAGGAAAGCUGUCAUGGCACAAUGAAACGCGAGUAUACCGACAAGCAGCUAUAUACACAACUCUUAUAUUUCACAACCAUCCUCGAUCCAUCCAAAGCCAAGCAAAGCGCUGCUAGCUCACCAUCAUCAGCUUCAAUUGAAUCCAUCAUCAACAAGCAUCAUACGACGUUUAUCAGACUCAACGCAGUGGCAGACGGCUAUUUACGACGAUCGGGUUACCGUCAUGUAGAUAUUGCCAAACUCAUGUCCCUCGUCAAAAUCUAA